UGCAAAUGUUUGCUGGUACGAACAUUGAACAGCAGCCAAGUUAACGUUUCUUAUGUCUUUCCUUUCUCUACUUCCUGUUGAAUAAAGAAGACAAGUGCUAAAAAUAUGACUAAGAAACGUCGUAACGGAGGACGCUGCAAACAUAAUCGUGGGCAUGUGAAGCCUGUACGCUGCACCAAUUGUGCUCGCUGCGUUCCAAAAGAUAAAGCCAUUAAGAAAUUUGUUAUUCGUAAUAUUGUGGAAGCAGCAGCUGUGCGAGAUAUUUCCGAAGCUUCUAUAUGGGAAUCAUAUAUUUUGCCGAAAUUGUAUGCAAAACUUCACUACUGUGUUUCCUGUGCUAUCCACUCAAAAGUUGUAAGGAAUCGGUCUAAAGAAGCCCGCCGUAUACGCACGCCACCCGUUCGAACCUUCCCUAAAGAUAUGGCUCGCAAUCAACCAAGAAAGUAGAGCAAAUAAAUAUUUGUGACAUUAAACCAUAGAAA